AUGAACAUGCAAAACUCUAUGGAGGCUCAGUCAUCAGAAUUACGAAUUAAGUGUCCAUGGAUGUGUCUGUUGUUCUUAAGAAUCAGUGAAUCACCAUUCACCAGUUGCGGGGUGGCUUUGCUGCAGCAACAUUCGCACGUUCCGAAGUUUGGAAACUGGGACAGCGACAACAUACCGUACACGACCUGCUUCGAGAACGCGCGCAAGGAGAAAGCAGGCGUGAAGAUGAACCCGAACGAUCCUGAGGAGAACCCGGAGAUGUUCAUGUUCGGGAGGCGAGGCAUGGAGAUCGACGACGAUCGCCGAGCUUCGGAUGCUUUUGAGCACAACAUAAGUGAAGGGCACAGAAGGUUCGAUGCGCACCGGAGGACCCCUUCAGAUCAGCACAAGAGUACGGCGAGCCGUGGCAGUGUUCGGUCAGAAUCCGGCAGUGAAAAGAGCAGUUCCAAUUCACACCGAAACUCAGGUCAGCAUCGCGCUAGGCCAGACCGCAAAAAAGGGCUGACAGAGAGCAGCAACAGCUUGUCGCCCUCGGUGACUAGUGCUCCAAAGCAAGCAAGACAAAGGAGUGGAAGUCAACCAUCCAAUGAUUCCCAUCGGAGAGCGCCUUCAAUACCGAAAUUUGGGGCCUGGGAUGAAACCGAUCCGAGAUCGGGAGAGAGCUUCACCGUCAUCUUCAACAAAGUGAAAGAGGAAAAGCACAACGAAUCCUCCAAGUUCCCGGUCCUGCCCCCCGAGCCGAUCACCUACUCGAGCAAUCAGAAGAAUCAAGAAAGCUCCUCUUCCUCCAGAUCAAAGAUAUGUUGCUGUCCAUGUUUUGGAGGGAGGGAGUGAUUCUGAGAAGCUUCCCGUUUGCAUCUCGGCUUUUCGCCUAAGACAUGACGUAUUAUACUUUUGAUUUCGAUGAUUACUGUGAAACGGGUCAUUGCUUAAGACUUUUAAAAACAGUUCGUUUGAUUGAGAUUUAUAUAUUCUUUGACAUUGCAUUGCUUAAA